CACUGUUCUUGAAACCAUUCACCCAGCGUGAAGAUGCUGUGGCAGGACUCGAGUUUAUUUCAGAUCUUUUGGUCCGAUAUCAGGUUAUCCAGAGCUCACAUGCUCGAAUGUAUAUGGAUUCCCUAGGUAAAAGGUACAUAUAUGGUUUGCUCCACCGUUCACUGUCAAUGUGGCAGGAUCUACCUGGUAAUAAAUUUUAAAGUCAUAUUCUAAGGUCAUGAUAUAGUACUUCUGAGGAUGGAUCCAAGGUUGGCCUUCGGCUCAGAGAAAGGACUAUUACUUUAUACUCUCAAGUAUUGGAGUACCAGAUCCGACUGACGAAGCAACUCUCUCGCUACGGACUUAUCCAGUACAUGAGAGAUAUUGCAACCGCUGAUGACUGGAAGGAAAUGCUUACGGAAAUCAAGCACACUGACAAGUCGAUCGAAGAAUUAUUAGGGGAUUGGUCAAAGAAGACGGUCCAGGAGAUCCAUGCCGAGCUUUUCUCAAUGAAACGUGAGGUCGAAGGGCGGCUGAACAUUGUCUUUGACAUCAUGAACACCCAAGCAUAUCAAAAUCAACUGGACACCCUCCAUCCAGUUACGCGCGCUGCCUUUGGCUCAUAUGAACAAGCUAAGGAAACAUGUCUUGUCGGUACUCAGGUGCCUUUACUUCAACUAGUUCAAAAUUGGAGCAACGAUGCCCAGGGAGAACCUAUUCUGUGGCUCCAGGGUAUGGCCGGUACUGGCAAGUCCACAAUUGCCCGAACCGUGGCUUCUGCAUUCUACAACGGAACAUCUUUAUUAGGUCAGGAAACCCUACCCAGUGAGGCGUGUCUUGGUGGCAGCUUUUUCUUCGACCACAGGGAUGAGGACUGUAGAAAUCCUAGGAAACUCUUUCCCACCUUAGCAAGAGGCCUAGCUGAGGUUCUACCGGAAAUUCAGCAAUCCUUAUGUGAUGGUAUUCGUAGCCAUCAUGCCACCUAUGCACAAUCCUUAGAUGCCCAGUGGAAACAUUUGAUCUUCAAUCCUCUGAAGAUGCUGAAAACGGCGCUUCCUGUGACAAUACUUUUUGUUCUCGAUGCAUUGGACGAGUGCCAAGCUGGAACUAGGGAGGAUCAGGAUGACAUCAGCGAUAUACUGGCUCUGCUCAGUCAAGUUCGGGAGUUAAAGACCGUCAGAGUUCGGGUACUCAUUACUAGUCGUCCUGAAACACAUAUACGUUAUCGCUUCAAUGAGAUACCAGAAGGUAUUCGUGACGAAACUGUGUGCAAAAUCCGACGGCUAGAUGGCGACGAAGUAACGACAGAUGAUAUCACCCGUUUAGUUGAAUAUAGGUUGUGGGAAAUUAGAAGGAAGCACGAUCUCCCGCGGAACUGGCCUGGGGAGGAGAGGAUCGAACAGCUAGCUGAGAACGCAGAUGGGCUGUUCAUAUAUGCAGCCACAGUGUGUCGAUUUCUUUCAACGGCCAACAGAAAAACGAUUGAAGAUCGUCUAGGGAGGAUCCUCGACGGCGAUGUGGGAGAGACCGCCAAAGAGAGCCUGGAUGGAAUGUACACUAGAAUCCUCCAGGUAGUGCUUACUGGAGAAGUGGACAAUGACCAGGCAAUGUCCGACUUAUUUAGGCAAGUAGUUGGCUCCAUUCUUGUUCUAUCCAGACCGCUUUCAAUCAUGGCCCUAAGCAGACUUAUUGAAGUCGAGCUUAGCGACACAAGAUGGCUUAUGGAGCACCUUUAUUCGGUCCUGGAAAUGCCUCAAGGGGAUCACGGCCCCAUUCAAUUGCUACAUCUAUCAUUCAGGGAUUUUCUUCUAGCCUCUCAGCGAUGCAAGGAUAGUCAUUUUUGGAUCGAUGAGAAGCAAUCUCAUCGCAACCUUUACCAGCACUGCCUGAAGGUCAUGUCUAAUACCCUACGGCGUGAUAUAUGCUGCCUUGAGGAACCCGGUAUUCAUGUGACAGAUAUAGAACCUUCAGUCGUGCAUGAAUUCCUUCCCGAGCAAGUGCAGUAUGCCUGUAGUCACUGGGUGGACCAUCUUCAGCAGAGCGAUAUUGUGGCGUCUAAUGACGCAGUGCUUUAUGACUUCCUGCGAACACACUUUGUCCACUGGCUCGAAGCUAUGACUAUUAUGGGAAGGAUCCCAAUCGCAAUCAUGAUAUUAAAUAACCUAACCACUCUUCAGCUGGAGACCAACACAAAAAUGCGGAGACUUGUUCAUGAUGCACGACGGUUCGCUGUCAGCUUCAGAUCAGUGUAUGAGAAAGCCCCUUUGCAAAUUUAUGCAUCUGCUUUGCUCUUUGCACCACAAGAAAGUAUCAUUCGAUAUGAGUUUGGAGAAGAAAUUCCUGCUUGGAUAUCUCAGAAGCCAAGUGCUCAUCGAUAUUGGAGCCCAUUACUGCAUACCAUCCCAAAGCCUCGCAGUGAGAUUAUCGAAUGCUUAAAAAUCUCAGCUGACAGCAGGCUAAUGGCAGUGGUAUCUAAGCAUAUGUACUCACAUGUGUGUCGGUUAUGGGAUACGUCAACUUGGGUUUGCCUGAAAUCGCUUGAAGAUCAAGGUAACAUUCGAGAUGCUGCCUUUUCACCAGACAGCAAGCAAUUAGCAACCGUAUCGGAGGCCGGAUCCGUCCGUCUCUGGAAUACACACACUGGAAGAUCAACGUUUCUCGAAUCAGAUUCAAGUGCCAUAACCUUUGUGGCAUUUUCUUCAAAUGGUGAAAGGCUCGCAGCUAAAUCUAACGAAGAGAUCAAGAUCUGGGACUUAUCAUCGGGGAGACUACUACAAGGAAUACCCCAGAAAAGGAGCACAAUGAUAUCCAUCUCCCCUGAUGGCAGAUUUAUAGCAUCUUGGGAUUCUCUUGAUGUUGUCAUUUGGAACGUUUCACAGAUGGCGGUUGUACACGCUCAUAAGCAACCGGGGGUCCAUACGAUCGAAUUCUCCCCUGAAGGUAACUUACUAAUUGCAUCCAAGGAUGCAAUUGAACUGUGGGAUUGCAAUGCAAAUACUUUGCGAUCUUAUAACAAUAGUGAGUGCAAAACGUUGGUCGCGGGUUUCUCGCCCAACAGCAAAAACAUUGUCUCUCUCUCAACAAACGGUCAAGUCAACGUAUGGGAUUUGUCUACAAAUGAAUACAGAGGAAAUAUAUACCAUAUAAGUGACUCAGAAAAUCCCGACCCAUACUGCCGAAGAGUGUCAUUUCCACGAUUCGGUGAACUCGCGGCUUCUUCGGUGGGCGAUGGACCGAAACAGAUAUGGACACUCGUCCCGGGGAUCUUGGCAGAAUUAUUCAGAUUCUCCAACAGAAUACUGGAUGCACUUGCAUUUUCGCCAGAUUGUGAGAUUAUAGCAGCCUCUGGUUGCUGGGCAGAAGAGAUUGCGAUCUGGGAUGGAUCAUCAAAGGUUUCGAAGGUGCUUGAUAAUGUACAUCAAGAUACCAUUACUGAUCUGGGCUUUUCUUCUAAUGGCACUGUUGUUGCAUCGACCGCCAAAGAUGGCACAGUCGGACUCUGGGAAGCGCGAUCAGGAAGGUACAUAAAAAGUCUGCGAGUGGCGGAUGAUUCAGGGAUUCUGAGCAUACGUUUCUCAGCCGAUGGUCAAACCAUAAUAUGCCAAACGAAUAAUCAGCAAUGUGUUAUCUGGGAUGUACCGACGGGGAAAAUUUUGAAGAAUAUUGAACUCAAAAGGGAUAAUUCGAGGCUCCAAAACAUUGCAAUAUCACACGAUGGUCAACUAGUAGCAACCGGAUGUUUUGAUGAGCGGAAAGACACGAGUCAGAUUGAGCUGUGGAGCCUGACAUUGACAGAGCCUCUCCUCACACUCACAGAAGAACUCGAUACUAGUGAAAAUGAGAUUUCUCCCCAUGGAAGUUUCAUAGCGUCAACUUACUAUGGAUCUUCAUCAUUCCGGCUUCGGCAUAUACAGACAGGAAACCUGAUACACUCCAUGGACCAUGGAGAAAAAUCUCCAGUCAUUGCAUUCUCUCCAAGUGAGGACAUGAUUGCAUCAGCAGAGCAGUCCAUCAAAUUAUGGGAUACUUCCACUGGUACAUGCCUCGGGCAACGUUUAAUCGACGGUCGUGUUGAGUCUAUGGUCUUCUAUGAAGAUGGAACGUACCUCCGCACCAACGAAGGUCAGUUCCAAGUUGCUUCGAUCCUCGGUGCCGACCCCGAUUUGUGCAAUGAUAAGAUGGUAGGGGAGGGGGUAUACGUUCAUGAUAACUGGGUCAUGGAAGGGGGUAAGAAACUUAUAUAUCUACCUGUAGAAUACAGGGUUCGUAUAUGUUCUUUUGGAAAUCGUGUUGCUAUAGCUAGCAAAUUGUCUUCUGUCAUGAUCAUUGGGCUCAGUGCGGAUGAGAGAAAAACGAUAUGAGGGUGUCUGGCACCAAAUUUUAUCUAACGUAUAUGAGGAACAAUGUUAUUUAUUCUCUUUGUCAUAUCUUCUAAUCUCAAAUUGGGU